AUGGCUUCCAUCAAAGCAGGAGUUAACUUCACUUAUUUGAUGAAGUCUGGACAAUUUUCGGACCUUACGUUGGUAUGCCAGGGGGAAGAGUUCAAAAUCCACAGGUUUGUCGCCUGCUCGCAUUCGUCCGUGAUUGCCACCGCUCUUAAGGGAGAUUUCAAGGAGGCACAAUCUGGAGUCAUCACGGUUGAGUUAUUCGACGCGGACACAGUACGGCGAAUGGUUGAGUACAUGUACACAGAGGACUACGACCAAGGCAGAGAGAACAGCGAAGUUGCUACUCCUGUCGCUAUCGGAACGCCUAGCACUGUGCCAAGUAUUGCUCCUACCACAACGCCCAGCAAUGCACCCAGUGCUACGCUCAAUGCUACUGCAAAUGGUCAAAGCAGCUCGGCUAUAGUAAACACAGCUCUUUCAACGCCUGCUCCGAUAUUUACUGAGGACACAUUGCAUCAUGUACAAGUAAAUGCUAUUGCGGAUUACUACGGCAUUCAAGGCCUUGCCCUACUUGCCAAUCAAAAAAUUCAACGAGUUUAUUACACCAGUUGGGAUCCCAAAACCUUUGUUAACUCAGCCAAAGCGGCUACCAGUAUCAGUGGCGACAAGUCGCUGCACAAUAUGAUGGCACUUCUCGCAGCCCAGAAACUGAAAGAGCUGCUCAAAUCUGGCCAAUUGCCUAGUUUGGUUGGCGAUUUUGCUGCGUUAGUCUUGACCUUUCAUGCCCAUUUGCUGGAGGCAUCCCAGCGAGAGCAUAAUCAAGUCACCUUGCAACAACAACAGGCUGAGGCCCAGAACCAACAACAACUAGCGCAAGUGCAACAGGCUCAGGCCCAGGCCCAACAACAACUGGCCCAUGUUCAACAGGCUCAGGCCCAAGUUCAACAACAACUGGCUCAAUCCCAACUCGCGGCGGAACAACAACAGAAUGAGCUUCAAGCCAAGUUGCAGGCUGCAGAAGCAAGAGCCACUCGCAUUAUUGAGAAUGUUGAAAAGCUCGUCGACCUAACGUGCCACCAGGAGUUUUGUCGAAAUGGCAGUUGUAAUCAGGGCUUUACAAGCUAUAUUGAGGAAAAUGACGACUUUGCUGAGCCGACGUAUAUGCUUCGGUGCUCUAACUGUAGAUGUCGGCAUUAUGCAAACUAG